AUGAAAAGAAGCUAUUCAAAUUUUACAGUAUUUUAUGUUGAUAAUAUUUAUGAAUUAAAACAUAACUUAUUAAGAUGCAAACAUUUUGAUGCACAAAAAACUGGAAUUAAUAUAUGGCAUAAAAUAGAACAAAUCUUUCAAUCAUUUAAUUUAUCAUUCAGUAAAACACCCAUUACUACUGAUCAAGGUGCAAAUAUGAUUAAAGCAUUAAGUUUAACUGAUGAAGCAAGAUUUCCAUGUUUAGCACAUCAUUUACAUCAAUCAUAUGAACAAUUGCUGAUUUUAUUACGUGAACAUGGUGAAUAA